UAAAGGUAAACUGUGCAGAGCCUAAAGCCUCCUGGGCAUCCACCCACUUCGCUUCGCUUGACUCAGCAGUUGUGGAAAGUUUUCUUGUUGCUGCUGCUGCUGCUGCCGCUGCUGUUUGUUUUGUUGUUAUGCGUCUUCUCUCUUGGCCACAUAACGAAUCCAGGGCUUUUAUUUUGGAACGUACGAGCGCUGCGUGGCGCCAGGGACGGUUAAAAACAGGGGACCCCGGGGAAGAGGGAGAACUGAGUCAGAGGCGGACUUGAAGUUCGCUGCCCACUCCCACUCUUCAGACUGAGACUUCAGAGGCCCUUUUCCCCCCCUCCGGCGCUGAGAUGACGGCCCCCGGGAGCUCUCCGGUCUUCGAGGGGAUGUACUCCCAACUGAUAGAGGACGAGGGCACUUACGACGAGCUCAACCGCAGGCCAGAUGCGGGACACGGCGCUCAACCGAUCUGCCCGGUCAGGCCGACCCCCAGGCUCAGCGGCCCCGUGCCCUACCGCCUCGCCACCGUCUGCCUGGCGACCAUGUGUGCCAUCCUGCUGAUCUCCAUCAUAGCGGUCACCGCGCAGCGCAAUAAAAGCAAACCUCAGGGCGGCGGUGAAGCGACCUCAGAGUCACAGGUACAGACGCAGAAUGCAAACGUUUCGACUCUGAUGGCCACCAUCGACAGACUGCAGCAGGAGAGAAAGCAGCUGCAGAAAGAGAAGGAGGAGCUGCUGGCCAAACUGGCAACUAAAGCCUCUGAGGUGAUCAAACCGACGGAGGUGGCACCGGCCCGUAUCGUCUGCCCCAUGGAUUGGCAUCUCUUCAACAACAGCUGUUACUUCAUCUCCAGAGUCUCCAGGGAUUGGCCAGAGAGUCAGUCAUUCUGCCAGAGCAAAGGAGCUCACCUGGCCAUCAUCCACACGGCCGAGGAGCAGAAAUUUCUGUGGGAUCUUCUUCCCAGAGGCCACUGGAACGCCUACUGGUUUGGGAUCACUGACGAACACACGGAGGACCGGUGGAAAUGGGUGGACGGCACUCCACUGGUCGGAGGCUUCUGGGAGGUCGGCGAGCCCAACAACCACAUCGACGAGGACUGCGGCUACAUUGUGAAAACACGCGUGUUGGAGCGGGUGGCGAUAAGGAGCUGGUACGACGCCCCCUGCACAAUGAGCUGGCCCUACAUCUGUGAGAAGGAAAUGGGCGCCGGUGCCAGCACCGCCAUACCACACUGAGACGUCAACAUCACUCGGAUCAUCUAAGGGAAAACAAGGGGAAGACCUUUACCAGUCGGUAGUUUGUCAGGUUUCAACAACCUGCUGCGUGAGCAGCUACUUUUUCUUCAUUUUCUCCUAAAACCUGGGCUGAAAUUUUACCAUUAUCAUUGCAUUCCAGCACAAUGAAAAGAUUGUGACUGCUACUUUUGAGGCCUCUCAAAAUACGGUGAACUGACUCAAAAUUGAAAUUAAAGGUGACAAAGAAACAAUUUUAAGACAGUGGAAACCUGACUUAACACAUCACUCAAGGUAAUGAUUGCACGGUGAACCACUAAACCAUAUUUUAGAGGCCUACAGUAGUGUUAGCAGGAAAAUUGUUUUUUGAAGAAAAACUUGGUAAAUAACUACAAGUAAUCAAAUUAUUUUAUUUUAUUUGUCACAAGGGAUUAGAAGGGCAUAGCUUUCCACUGGGGAUGGGGGUACAUACAUUUUUUGAUUGUUUGCGUCCUGGCUUUGGCCUCUCAGGCAACAUACUCGCUGCACUAUCCUCCUGGUGGAGGUGUUUGGGGCUGUAUGCAGAAUUAAACUAAAGGCAGGCGGCAGGGCUGAAAAACGUACUUCCACCUCAUUUAAUUUCUGUUGUCAUUCACAGUUAAUAUUGAUGCUAUAGGUGAAUAUUAAUCGAAGAUAUGGCGGUAAAGAAAAGGUUUUUUUUCGUAGUAAAUGUUGAAAUCAACUGUUACGACGUGGUUGCAUCAGCUCUUUGAAAGUUUGAACUUAGCCUCUAGUUACAAUUCAUGAAUUUACGCAUACAGCCAUUGGUUCUUACAUAGAGUAGUUCUUACAUAAAGAUCAGUUGUUACUAUAUCUUUACACCCAGUAACUGCUACGUGUAGCUAACUAAAGCACCUGAUGGUGACGUUAGCUUGCACCCUCCAUUUUUCUAGUUUUUAUAGACAUUUAAGCAGUUCAAGUCCAGUGAUCAACCUCAAAUGAUACAAAGGUCAGUGGUAAACUGCUAAAGUUGAAAAUUAAAAAAAAAAAAACCCAUUUGUUAGAUGUUGGAACAAACUGUGUUGCUACAACCUCGGAUGCAUUGUUAGGACAGUACUGUACUUCAGGAAGUAGGCGUGUAUAUUUCUAUCAGAACGGUGAGAAAAACACAAGGAACAGAGGAAGACAGACUGGCUGGUCAGGGAUUCAUGCUACGGCGAGAAGAUGACCCAAAACAUUGGAGGGAAAGAACCAGACCGGCACAGUCUCCAGACCUACACCGCAUGGAGCUGGUUUGGCAUGAACUGGACAGAAGGUGAAAGCCAAACUUCUGAACAAUAUUUCAUUUCCAGUUUAGAGAGAACACCACAAAUCGUCUUCAGUCUCACUCAGUCUAAACUGCAUGAAUACUACUAACACUAAAUCAAACAUUUCUCCAUAGACGCAUAUAAACCAAAGCAAUUUUACAAAGAAUUGGCAUAUAAGUGUAACUUUUCUCUUGACCCACUACAACUGUUAUUGCUGGAGGUUAUUUCAUUAAUUUCUAUUCUUCUGUAGUUGAAUUUGCAGUCGAGCUACGUAUUUGAUUCCUUUUGAAUGAACCACACUUUGGAUAUUUCUUUGUAGCUGAUUGACACAAAACCGAGGUCUAGCCGGCUACUAGCUAAGACGUCCUGGAAGUUUCAUGGUGCGACCUGAUCUAGUGAAGCCCUGUUUGAAACUGCUUGUUAUUAAGAACUCAGAAAGAACGUAGCAGUGGAUUUACAAACUGCUGGUCCAACCCAAUCCUGCUCUCUUAUAAGAGCAAUAAAUUCAGUUUGUGUAAAGUUUGUGCAUUAAUAAUGAAGCAUUUUGGUUUGUAUUUUUUUUAUAGACCACCAUUACUAUGAAAAGCAACCAAUUUUAAAUACUAACCAAUUUCAUUACAAUCUCUUAUUUGGUAGAUUGAAUACGGAUAAUGAAUAAGAAAUGCAAGGGGGGAAGUCAGUGCUUGCAGGUGGUGGACGUUUGGUUCACUAGUUAUAAUUUUUCAUGUGCAUAUAUGUAUGUAUAUUUUUUUAACAUAUGAGAUGCUUCUUAAUCCAAGGAAACCUCAAAUGAGUCACUUUCUGAAGCCUUUAUGGAGGAUUGCAGUGCUUCUACGCCUCAAUGUGACCAGGGGUGUGACAUUGUUGUGGUACUACAGUGUAUCUCUGCCUUCAACCACAUUAAUAAUUCCUACUUUUAAAUGCUCCUGUUUUUAGAAUUUUUAGAUCGCGGAUUCAAGACAACUAUUAAUGUUUUCACUUCUUUCUUACAUGUGAAAUGGGAUUUUUAGAAAUGAAUAGCGUUAGGUUUGUAUUAUCUGCACACUGCUGAAGUGUCAUGAUGGUAAAUAUGUGGGAGUAUUAUUAUCUGAUCCAGUGUGUUGGUGACGUUCCUCAGUAAAAAUGAUCAGUCUGAAUUUUUUGAUGCACUUUUGCUCAGUUGAUUGAGUCUUAAUUAAUCAAAUAUUUGAAAUUACAGAAAAAUGUGUCCUGUGGAUCUUGUAAAUAAAUAAUAA